UUGAAAUAAUAGAUCGAUUUUUCGAGAUCGAUCGAGAAGAUUUUUUUUUUUUCUUUCUUUCUUUUCUUUUUAUUAGUGUUUGACGAGAUUUGGAAGAUUCCAAGAGUCGUAGUGUUUGGGAUUGUUUUUUUCUUUUUUUCUUUUUGUGGAAACGAUCUCGAAUGAAUAGAAGAGAUGGAAUUGUAUCUUUUAUUUUGAGUGUGGAAGAAUUUUGAAUUUGGAAAAAUCGUGAUUCCACGAGACACGGAACCCCCGCGACCCGGUUCUCCACGUUCGAAAGGCAAGAAGAAGACACACCGGCAAUCUUGUGAAAAUAAUGCGAGCAAAGCGUAUCGAGGAGGAGACGCGCUUCAGACUGCUGAGAUACACGCACCGCGCCAAGUGUCGAAAGAUCAUCUGAUCAUCCUCCCAUCCAGGAGCGAGCGUUCCCUCCACCCCCGCGAUCGUCCCCCACUGGCUGUGAUCUCUCCUCUCGCGAACGAUAACAGGUCGAUCGACGUGCGCGUGUGCGCGUGUGUGUGUGUCUGUGCGGUGAUCGAGGGAGCGGAAAUCGAGGCCUGGUGACGCGGAAGAAUACCCUCGUAAUUGUAAACUGAGCGACUAUCGAUCCGGUUUGGCGGGGAAUUUGGCCCAAUAGGAAUCGUUCUUCCUCGAUUUUGGGGAUAAAUGGCGAAACGAUGGAAGAGGAUGAUGGAAACAUCUCCUCUCUCCUCGUGAAGGGAUGGAUAUAGAGAAUUGAAUGAAUUUUGGGGAAAAAAUGAAAUUUGUCGUGAACUCGUCGAAGAUUGUAGGAAAUUGAAGUGAAAUGAUACAAUUGAUACGGUUAUACGGAGGUUAUAGGGAUUUUUGUUUAGGGGAGGGGAAAUCGUGGAAAGGGGAUGUAGCGAUUUGAAAUUGGGAAUUUUUUCGGUUUGUAGAUUUUGUAGUGAAUUGACCGUUUUGAUAAAAUAUUUUGAAAGUGUUGGAAGAUUUUCUAGAAAGUGAUUGUUGGAAAGUUUGAAGAAUUUGCGGAAGGAAAAUAUAGAUAGAAAGGAAUUUGGAACUGAUGAAAUUGUUUAAAUUGUGUUGAGAUAAUUAAUUGAAAUUUUUUUAUAAAAGUUGAACGAAACAAGAUUUAUAGGCAAUUUUAAUAAGUGUUACAAUUAACGGUGUUGAAACAAAUUUUUAAACAAACAAAAGUUAAAAAAAUAACAAAAGGACAAAGUUUUAAUAAAAAGCCGAGAAACUGUUGAAUAUUAAGAAUUGAUAAUAAAUUGACUGUUUUAACGAAAUUAAUAAAAUAUUAUUAUUUUAACGAUAUUAAAAGAAAAAAGUUUAAACAAAAUUGGAAAAUUUUCAAGAAGAAGAUAUGAAAAAUGUUAGAAGCAAGAUGGAAUAUUAAUAGUAAAAGGGAUCUUUGGAAUUCGUUAAGCUCUCAAAGUUAGAAGAAGAAACAAUAGCCUGAAAUUUUCCGAAUACUUAGGAAAGCUCGUUAAAGUGGAAAAGGAAAGAGAAGCUUAAAGUCUGUAACUAUCUAAAAAGGAAUUCAGAAACUCUUCUAAGAUUGUAACAAGAAAAAAAAAAAAAAAGAAAGAUAUUGAAACUUUCUCAUCUGUCAAAGUUUGUCCAUCGUAUGAGAUCGAUUAUAAAAAGGAAUACCAUUAUUUCGUCCAUUAUCUGAAUUAUUCUUCUAAAAUUCGAAUCCGACAUUUAACAAAAAAGAUUAUUUAAUUUUUUUCAAAGAUUCGAAAAGGGAUUUCAGAAACCUUAGAUUGAUUAAGAAAAGAAAUUCUAGAAAAUUUUAUGGAAAUUUGAGAGACGCACAAAUUCAAAUUAUCGAAGGGUAAGAAGGAAACCCUCGUAAAUCAUCUCACAAACUUAAUAAUAAUUAGGCAAAGAGAGAUUUGGAAGAAGUUUUAAAAAAAAGAAAAUAAAUGAAUAAAGCAAUAAAAAAGACUCCUCUGUUAUUUAAUCUAAGAAAAUAAUUUCUGAGAAUUGGGAAGGGAUGGUUCGAGGUGCUGCUCGAUCGCGAAUAAUUAUUCUUAUUAAAAUUCUGCAAUUACCAGACCGUGUGAAAAUUGCCGUGAAAGAAGAGGGAAGAUUAAUUUAAACGAACGGGCAAAGCGUUUCUCUUUUAUUAAGAGAUAAAAAUUAUCAAAAGCAAUAACUGUACGGUGGAGCAAGCUGUCUGAAAAUGUUCCUUUAUAUACCAAAAACAAUUAAAAACCGAUCGUUAUUUAAGAUUAAUCUAUAAAUACAGAGGAAGAGAUUAGAAAAAUAUCAGAAUCAAAAGUAGAUAAUAAUAACUUGAACAAGUUAUUUUGAAAAUUCAAAAUAAAAAAAAUUCCCUUAAUUUCUUUCUCUCCUCUCGAGUGAAUCGACGAAUUGGCGCGUCCAAAAACCUUUUUUAAAUUGGGAGAAGGUUAAACGAAGGGGUGGAGGGUCUCAGUCAGUGGGCGAAACAUGAGGGAGGAACCGAUAGAGCAACGUCAGCAACGCGUCCUCACGAUAAGCGGAAGUAAGAAUCGUAGGAGCCGAAAUUUCUUCCGAAGAGGACGAUGAACGAGGGCGCCAUUGUCGACAAUUCGAGGCGGAAGUGGAUGCCUGCUCGGACAUAGGGAGGGGGGAAAAAACUAUCCUCUUGUAGGAUAGUUUAAAUGGGAUCGGGGUUGAAAUCUCGUUUCAAUUCGAUUUUCAAAAGAGGAGGGGGGGGUCGAAAUUAGCGGCGGAGGGGGAGAAAAAGGUGGUGGAAAUAAUUGGACCGGAAGUGUCCUGGGACAAGGAGAGGGGCGGGUAGGCCGGUAAUGGAAUUUCAAUUCCGAUCGAAAGUUCUUCGAUCAAAAAUUUCUAUCCCUCGAUAAUAAUUUCGAGGAAUUUAUUAACGCCCUGCUAAGCGUGAAAUCGCGAGCGCGGGGGAUUUAUAUUCAGGAAAUGAAGAAACUUUUCUUCUGGAAAAACGAAAACUAGUGGAAAACCAGUUAUCGAAUCCUAAUAUUUCCAAGUGUAUUUAUCCCCCUCAGUGCGUUUAUUCCCGAAGGAAAAAGGGGUGCGUGGCUCUCGAAACGGAGAACAGUUCUCUUCUGAGAAGUUAUUCGAGGACUUCCUGACGAGAAUCGUCGAUGAGCCAAUCUCUGUUUAAGACAUACAGUGGACAUACAAUGUGAAAUAUUGUUUAAAUUUAAGGACGUUUGUAAGGAUAUGAGGAAGAGAACGGUGAAUCGAGUUGGAGUAAUUUUUUGGUGAUGAUAAAAAAAGGAAAGUGGUGUAAUUAGAUCUGAGAUAAUUAUAGCAGCAGACCGAUCCGUUUUAGAGAAGUUUCGAAUUGAAUGAGGAGUGAACGAAACAAUAAGGAAAAUCAGACGGCGAAGGUGGGUGUGAAACGAAAAGGGGUGGUGGUGGGAAAGAAAAGGGGUUGAAACGGAAUCAAAAAGAGAAGGGAAGGGACGAGCUUUUGUCGCCAAUGAUAGCGUUUGUCGAGGGUGAAUGGUAAAUCUCGAAGGUGCUAAUAGGUUUAAUUGUUCUUUUUUGGAAGAGGAUUGAACGAGGGACACGUGGUGGUGGAAAAGAGGAAAUAGCCCGAUUUCAAAGGUAAUUUUAGAUAAAGGAGGAAAGAUUGCAAAGGUUGCUAAACCGUUUAAUUGAGAAAAUUGAUGGAAAAAGGAACGUGCCGAAGACUAUCAAGGGAAAAGGAAAAAAGAAAUCAUUCGUCGUUUAAAAAUUUCCUCUGAACAUUACGAUUGAUCGGUUGUUUUAUAAUUGAGUAAAUCUCUGAGCGAAAUAAUCUUAACCUCCGAUUAAAAACUGAAUCCAAAAAUUAAAUUCUCCAAAAAAAGAAAAUCAAGAAGAAUCCCUAACCCCUAACGAUCUAACCUCAAAAAGCUAACUUGCACCUUUCUGAAACAAAAAUAAUUGAUCAAAAUAAUACAUAAAAAUAAAGAAGCGGAAAAACGAACCUAACCUCAAAACCUUAAAACAAAAUAAAAAAAACAGUAUCUUCCUUCAAACAAAACAAACGAAUAAAAGGAAACCUAACCUAACCUCAAAAGAAACCUAAAUAAAAUCCCUGAGAAUAAUAUUCGACCAACCGAACGAACAAAAAUACAAAGAAGAAAUAUACAAAUAUACAAAGGAGAAAGCGAAUCGGAUCGAUCAACGAUGAUCCCAGGAUUUCCAAAGGAUCGAUGAUCGAAUCGUUGAUCUAUCGAUCGAUAACCGCGUCGUGAUGGAGGCGAUCGGUAUCCGUCGGUUUUCUUCCGGUGAAAUCGCUUCACGAGAGUCGUUGUUCGGUGCGUUGUUCGGCCGGAAGUGGUCUGAGAUGGUUCGAGAUUUGGCGCGACAGCUUGCCAACUAAAAUGCGAGAGCUGAACGCGACCGCAUGUGCUGCCCUUUACGAGCACGUCAAGUGGUCCGGACCGUGGAUCCUGGUUACCCUGAUCGUGCUCGCGAUAGUGAACGUGAUGGUUGUGCUGGGCAACGUGCUCGUGAUACUCGCUGUCUAUCAUACGAGCAAGCUGCGAAACGUGACGAAUAUGUUCAUCGUUAGCCUCGCGGUGGCGGAUCUGAUGGUCGGUCUGGCGGUGCUUCCGUUUAGCGCUACGUGGGAGGUUUUCAAGGUCUGGAUAUUCGGUGAUCUAUGGUGCUCCAUCUGGCUGGCGGUCGACGUAUGGAUGUGCACCGCGUCGAUAUUGAAUUUGUGCGCCAUCAGCCUGGAUAGAUACUUAGCAGUGACCAGGCCAGUCAGUUAUCCUCAGAUCAUGUCGCCGAGGAGAGCAAGGCUGCUGGUUGCAACCGUGUGGAUCUUGAGCUUCGUCAUCUGCUUCCCACCCCUGGUCGGCUGGAAAGACAAACGGUCUCAUUCCGCGUACAACACGACGUUUGCUCAAAACGGACCGUUCAACACCACCACCAUCUUCGUCCCCAUGAAACCGUGUCCUUGGAUCUGCGAGCUGACCAACGAUGCCGGCUACGUCGUUUAUAGCGCUCUUGGUUCUUUCUAUAUACCGAUGUUGGUCAUGCUGUUUUUCUACUGGAGGAUCUAUAACGCGGCCGUCUCCACCACAAAGGCUAUUAAUCAAGGCUUCCGCACGACAAAGAGUUCGAAAAUGUUUGGCUCUAGAUUCGACGAAGAGAGGUUGACCUUGAGGAUCCAUCGUGGCCGAGGAAGCGUGCACAAUGGGAGCAACAACGGAAGUCCGAGGAGUCCUGAGUCGAACAGUCGGUGCUCGGUGAAAAGGGAGAAGAUAAAAAUCUCGGUGUCGUAUCCGAGCACCGAGACGUUGAAUACAAAGUGUAACACCCUCGAAAGAACGCCAUCCAAGUGUUCCCAGACCUCUGUGCAUUAUAGCAAUGGUCAGACGCACAGUCAAUUGUGUCCAACCCCCAGAAGCACUCAUUUAAAGGUGAGCGGCAUCAACAGGGUUGGAAGCACCAGAAGACCUAGCAGGAGGAACAGCUGCGAGAGUCAAAUGAUGGGUGAUGAGAUGUCGUUGCGGGAGCUCACUCAAGGCACCGAGGAGAAACCAAGGGUGAUGAAGAUGGGGAAGAGAAAUAUUAAAGCUCAGGUGAAGAGAUUUCGAAUGGAGACGAAGGCAGCGAAGACACUGGGCAUCAUCGUCGGCGGGUUCAUCCUCUGCUGGCUUCCUUUCUUCACAAUGUACUUGGUGCGCGCCUUUUGCCGCAAUUGCAUCCACCCCACUGUGUUUAGCAUACUGUUUUGGCUAGGCUACUGCAACUCCGCAAUAAAUCCGUGUAUCUACGCGCUAUUUAGCAAAGACUUCCGGUUUGCGUUCAAAAGUAUCAUCUGCAAGUGCUUCUGCAAACGGCGGACGAGCACUUUGAGACGCGGCAGCGAUGGAAGUCAAUUAGCGAUCAGAAACGAUCGGAGCCCAAGCUACUCGAUGCAAGUGCCCCAACAGGGGGCGUCCAUCGACGACUCGGACCCGGACCCAAGCUCAGAACCGACUGUGCAUUCGCAGAGCGAGUCGAGAUGACUGUAGCGUGCCAGGUGUGGCGCUCAGCGCGUCACCUUCGAUCCUAGAACCUCGAAAGUGAGGAUCCAAUCCUUCUGAGGAUUUCACGUUUCGUGCCGCGAAAUCGAGCACGACGAGAAUCGAGUGCGAAAGGAUGGACUGGGAUUCGCGACAGAAAAAGAAAAAAAAAACAGUCGAGCUUCUUCGGUGUCUUAACUUUGUUCCGCCAGCUUCGUUGCUACAACGGAAGAGACGUUUUUAAAAAAAAAAAAGAUAUAUUCGCUCAAGCUAGUCGUAGAUCGAGACUGAAUAUAAAUAAAAAGGAAAGAAAGGAAGGAAGGAAGAAUGAAGGAUUCGGUGUGAGAGAUCGUAAAAAAAAAAAAAAAAACUUGCUAGAAUUAAUUGUAGAAGAAAUGAUGAAGAUUGAAAGUGGAAAAAGAAGAAUAGGACAGUUUCGUGAAGGAUUCAUUAAGGAGAAAUAAUACGUACAUACGUGAUUACGUGUCGAUAUCUACAUAUGUGUACCAUAACACAACGGAUGUUAAAACGCAGGUUUGGUUUAUACAAUUCCGAAGCCAACGCAGCCAUACACAGUUGGCUACCGAAGCUCCCUCUGGCCUCUCAGCUAAUCGCCAUCGUUGCCGCCAUAUUGUUUCCGUAGAUUUUUUACCGUUCCUCGUUGGUUAUUUGUGAUAAUAGCGAAUUUAAACGAAUCGCCUUUUGCUGAACACGCGAUAAUUCGGUGUGUUGUACAGGUUGCUUCAAAAAACUCGUCACGCGGAUGGAUUUGUUGAGAGACUGUGAGACAGAGAAACAAGAGUGGAAGAAUGAUAUAUCGAAAAUUUUGAAACAUCCUGUAGGACGAUUUUUAAUGUAAUUUGUACAGGUUGUUUCAAAAGUUAUUGAGAUUAUAUUAGAUUGCGUUUGAGAACUGUGAACACUGUUGGAAGAUUGAUGUAAGAAUUUUGAAACAUCUUGUAGUUCAUAUUAUACAGGUUGUUUCAAAAAUCGGCAGAAUAGAGAGAAUAUUAACGUUCUGCUGGACAUACAAUCGAAGUUGUACAGAUCGGUUCAAAGGUAAAUCUUUGAAACCGUGAAAAGAGUAUUGUUGGUUAAUGUAAAGAAUUUUGAAACAUCCUGUAGGACGUGUAAUCGAGACACACGUGCACACCUACACACACAUAUACACACACAUACAUUCACACAUAUGCCGUGAAAAAUAAAAGAAAAAGAAAAAAAAGAAAAGAACGUAAGUGUUGUUAUAACGAUGCCAUUUUAAAAAGAGGGAAACUUGCGAUAUUUUGUACGGACCCAAUUUCGAUUCUUUCUCGAACGUUCUCUUUUGAUGAUCGUACGAGGGAGGACAGAGGGCGUACGAAACCUCGGCGAGGUUCAUUGUAUUAUGUGAUAUACCGUCUACAAUACGUAACGAAACGAAUGGAAGAAUAAAUAUGCGAAUAAAUCCAUGAUCGUUGAUUCUU